UGGAGUCGGCGGGGGCUGGCCAGGCCCACGGGGAGGCCGGCCCGCGCCCCCUGAGCUACAGACACCAGGUGAGGGGGCCGCGGGGCACGGCAGCGGUGACUGGCCAGGGAGGGGCCACGGGCCACGGGAGGGGCUUGGUGGGGGGGGGACGCCUUCCCUGGCGGGGGAGGGGAUGGCGCGGAGGGAGGGGGCUGGCGGUUCCUGGAGACGCCAGAGAAAGGAAGUUCCGGGACCCUCCCUGCUCUAGUGCCCACCUCCGCUUCCUGCCUCAUGCUGCACCUUGUCCCCAGAGCCAGGACCCCCCUACCCGCUUGGAAAUGUGACCUUUACUCCGUGGGGGGGGGGGUGCUGGCCCUGCAGGCCCCAGCCUUCUUUCUGCCCCAGGGGGAGGGGGAGAGUCCUGGGGCCUCUGACUCUGACACCCCCGCCCCGACACACACACCCAGGCCAGGCUCGAAGCUGGCCCUUGAGACUGGGCGGUGGGCACGGGGGCACCUGCACCUGCCCCACCCGCGCCUGGGCUCCGGCCCUUCCCUGCAGGGCGCUCGCCAUGGCCCCGCCACUCCUGCUGCUGCUGCUGGCCAGCGGAGCGGCCGCCUGCCCACUGCCGUGUGUCUGCCAGAACCUGUCCGAGUCGCUCAGCACACUCUGUGCCCACCGAGGCCUGCUGUUUGUGCCGCCCAACGUGGACCGGCGCACAGUGGAGCUGCGGCUGGCAGACAACUUCAUCCAGGCCUUGGGGCCGCCAGAUUUCCGAAACAUGACGGGGCUGGUGGACCUGACGCUGUCCCGGAACGCCAUCACCCGCAUCGGGGCCCGCGCUUUCGGGGACCUGGAGAGCCUGCGCUCCCUGCACCUGGACGGCAACAGGCUGGUGGAGCUGGGCUCCGGCAGCCUCCGCGGCCCGGUCAACCUGCAGCACCUCAUCCUCAGCGGCAACCAGCUGGGCCGCAUCUCGCCCGGGGCCUUCGACGACUUCCUGGACAGCCUGGAGGACCUGGACCUGUCCUACAACAACCUGCGGCAGGUGCCCUGGGCGGGCAUCGGCGCCAUGCCCGCGCUGCACACCCUCAACCUGGACCACAACCUCAUCGACGCGCUGCCCCCGGGCGCCUUUGCCCAGCUCAGCCAGCUCUCCCGCCUCGACCUCACAUCCAACCGCCUGACCACGCUGGCCCCCGACCCGCUCUUCUCCCGGGGCCGCAACGCUGAGGCCUCGCCCGCCCCCCUGGUGCUGAGCUUCAGUGGGAACCCCCUGCACUGCAACUGCGAGCUGCUGUGGCUGCGGCGGCUGGCGCGGCCCGACGACCUGGAGACGUGCGCCUCCCCGCCGGGCCUGGCCGGCCGCUACUUCUGGGCCGUGCCCGAGGGCGAGUUCUCCUGUGAGCCCCCGCUCAUCGCGCGCCACACGCAGCGCCUCUGGGUGCUGGAGGGCCAGCGGGCCACGCUGCGGUGCCGGGCCCUCGGCGACCCCGCGCCCACUAUGCACUGGGUAGGCCCUGACGACCGGCUGGUUGGCAACUCCUCCCGAGCCCGGGCUUUCCCCAAUGGGACCCUGGAGAUCGGGGUGACGGGCUCUGGGGACGCAGGGGGCUACACCUGCAUUGCUACCAACCCUGCCGGCGAGGCCACAGCCCGGGUCGAGCUCCGCGUGCUGGCCUUGCCCCACGGCGGGAACGGCAGCGCGGAGGGGGGCCGCCCGGGGCCCUCGGACAUUGCUGCCUCGGCCCGCACCGCCGCCGAGGGCGAGGGGACACUAGAGUCUGAGCCAGCUGUGCAAGUGACGGAGGUGACUGCAACCUCAGGGCUGGUGAGCUGGGGGCCGGGGCGGCCUGCAGACCCCGUGUGGAUGUUCCAGAUCCAGUACAACAGCAGUGAGGACGAGACCCUCAUCUACCGGAUUGUCCCGGCCUCCAGCCACCACUUCCUGCUGAAGCACCUCGUCCCCGGUGCCGACUAUGACCUCUGCCUGCUGGCCCUGUCACCUGCCGCUGGGCCUUCCGACCUCACAGCCACUAGGCUGCUGGGCUGUGCCCACUUCUCCACGCUACCGGCUGCACCCCUGUGCCACGCCCUGCAGGCCCACGUGCUGGGCGGGACCCUGACCGUGGCCGUGGGGGGUGUGCUGGUGGCUGCCUUACUGGUCUUCACUGUGGCCUUGCUGGUUCGGGGCCGGGGGGCCGGGAACGGCCGCCUCCCCCUCAAGCUCAGCCACGUCCAAUCCCAGACCAAUGGAGGCCCCAGCCCCACGCCCAAGGCCCACCCACCACGGAGCCCACCACCAAGGCCGCAACGCAGCUGCUCCCUGGACCUGGGAGACGCCGGCGGGUGCUACGGUUACGCCAGGCGCCUUGGAGGGGCCUGGGCCCGGAGAAGCCACUCUGUGCAUGGGGGGCUGCUCGGGGCAGGGUGCCGGGGGAUGGGGGGCAGCACGGAGCAGCUGGAGGAGAGUGUGGUGUGAGGGGAAGGGAGUGAGCCCGGGGUGGGCCGGGGAAGGGGCACAGGGCCUGGGACAUGCAGCUGCUGGGCCCGGUGGGUCAGCACUGCCUGGGAGUCCCUCCUGAUUUUACCCUUGGUACCUCAGGCCUCCUUUGUACUUGGCAGGACAAGGGGCCCUUGCCCCAGUUCUGGCCUCCAGACCCGCAUUCCUCUGACGGGUGCUCACAGCCACCAAGCGGGAGUCUUGUUUUUCUUUAUAAUAAAAUUGUUGCGUACA